GGUGAGUGCAGUUUUAAUAGUUAGUUGUAGCAAAACAUUGUUUAUGGAGGAAAGCAUUGGUCUACCCCACAAGGCCUUCUACUUUUCUGAUGGCUUAAAGCUUUAUCUAUUGUUACACUCAGCUCACUUUACUCCAUUUACAUUUCAACUCACAGAGCCAUAUGUUUUCUGCUGGCAUCAUCUCAUUAUUGAGUGUGUUGCUGGACUUGGGAUUACCUAAGCAACAGUCAAAAGAUCUUUCCUUUCCUUUGGAACCAAGACAAAGCCUUUUGCAAAUAAAACACCCAACGAUGCCAUGGACGAUCUUUGUUUUAUGAGUUUUAUUGAUUUUUCCACUGCCCAUAUGACAGCAUGGAUUCAAGGGUAGUCAACAAUCUUUGAUUUUUCAUUUUUGAUGGUUUUCUUCUCCUUAUUGUUGUGUUGUAGGACUUGGGCUUACCUAAGCGACAGGCAAAGACUUUUCCUUUGCUUUGAAAUCAAGACAAGCCUCUUGCAAAUGAAAUAACCACCACUGCUAUUCGACAAUAUUAAUGAUUUUUACAUUAAUGGGUAUUCAGCAAUCUUUGAUUUUUUAUUUUUGAUGUUUUUUACACUGCCCACAUGACAGUAUGGAUCAUUGGGUAUGCAACCAUCUUUGAUUUAUGGGUUUUGAUGGGUUUUUAAUUGCCUCCAUGACAAUAUGGAGUCAUGGGUUUUCAAAACUCUUUGAUUUAUGAGUUUUGAUGAACUCAUAAUUGCCCACAUGACAGUAUGGAUUCAUGGAUACUUGGUUUGAUAGGAGGUGGUUCUCUUAUUGCUAUGGCUCUUCUUCUCUUACUCGUUAUUCACAUAUCUCUUUUGGUUGCAAAGCACUUACUAUCCACUGAAGAAAGCAGAACUACUAAACCCAAAACUGGCCCGAGAGAUAGAAAAGCAUUUACUUUGAAAGAAAUUCAGAAAUAUAGCGAGGGUUUUAGUAAUAAAGUAGGAGAAGGAACAACCAAUGUUGUCUUUAAAGGAAUAUUGCCAGACGGCAUGGAGAUCGCAAUCAAGGUGCCCAAAAGUGAUGUAGCGCAAUCUUCUGAUGUUGAAGCCCGUUCUCGCUUUCAGUUGGAGUUGUUAUCACGUAUUCGUCAUCAGCAUUUGGUGAACCUCAUUGGGUAUUGCGAGGAUGGUGGUUGCAGGAUACUCAUCUUUCAGUAUGCUUCAAAUGGAUCACUCUUUGAGAAUUUACAUGUUUGUACAGGAAAUGAACGUCUCACAUGGAAGCAGAGGAUGAGAAUUAUCACUGGAAUAGCAUAUGGCUUAGCAUACCAACAUCAUUCUUGUGAUCCCCCUGUUAUUCAUGGGGACCUUCGAUCAAGUAAUAUUCUUCUAACAGAAGAUUAUGCUGCAAAGAUAAAUGGUAUUGGGAAGGUGCCGAUUAUAGCAAGUUCAGAGCUGGCACUGGUUAGAAGAUCAGGCGCCUCUGUAGAUCCAGAGACCGUGCACAAGGGUGUUUAUAGUCGUGCAGGAGAUGUAUAUUCUUUUGGCAUUCUUCUGCUGGAAAUUAUUACUGGAAGAUUGCCAUUUAGUGAGGAAACCGGAUUGCUAGUUGAAUGGGCAGCGAAGUUUUUGCAAGUAAAGGAGCAGACAGUGGCACUGAUUGAUCCGACACUAAAUAAUGUAGUACUUGCUGAACUCUAUUCGGUCUGUGAGGUUGCACGCUUGUGCAUUCAGAGAGAGUCAUCAAGCCGGCCUGUCAUGAGGAAUGUGGUAGAAAUGCUCACAAAAGACCUAAAAAUUGCCACAGAAGUAGCUGCUCCAGCUGAUAGUCCUGUCACUUUAAGAGGUCUACUAGAAAUAUUGUAGUAUAGGCAGGUUUGUUCAAUCCAAAAGGGGUGGGAUUGAGUCUGAAUGUGUGUGUGUAUAAAAAGAGGGAACAAUUAUGGUUGAUGGAAAGAUCACUGGAGAUUUUGAAGUUGAUUGUGUUUUUUCAGUUUUGUUCAUGACCACUGAAUUUGGGUUCUCCAUUUGACGUUUCAUAUGAGACUUAAAUUUCAAAGAACCCUACAUAUAUAUACAAGUUUACAACAAACAUGAAUCAGGGGGGCGUUGAAACACUGUUUAUUGCUUCAAACUAAUGUUCAUUGCAAAUCUUACGUGGGUGAGAGUACCUCCCCAGGUAUCGAACCAGAGAUAGUCUAGCAUUUUGAUUGCAUGUAGUCACUGGGAGGUCUAGUAAUCUAAAUUUUGUUUAGAACAACUUGAAUUUGCACCUAUAUUUUAUUUAAAUUUUUAUAUCAAUAUUUAUAAGUUUUUCCCCUGAUUAUGUUGAUCAGGGGAUCUUGUUUAA